GUCUACACGACAUGUAUGAUUGUCUCUAUCAUAUUCAGCGUAUUUAAUUCCGUCCUUCUGUCAUUCUCCUGUUUUCUAUUUCAGAAUUUCAUUCGAGCUCAAGACAAGGCGUUGCUCUCCCAACUCCAGCAAUGCCAAGACAACAUAGAAUGGCUGAAGAGUCAAAGGCAGCAGGCUGCCGAACAACACGAGCUUCAGAGUCUUACGGAUGACGAUUCGUACUGGGAAGAUUGGGAGAUUUCUGAAUUUGAACGGGAGGAGAAGCUGGGUUUGCAGUCAUUUAAUUCGAAACGGUUUGCCUACAGUAACCCUGAACUGAACCAGUCCUUGCUGGCCACCUACACAGCUAAAAACACCACUCUCAAGAAUGACAUUGAAAUCCAGCUACAACCACCAGAGUAGCAGCAACAAGAACAAUAACAACAACAGCAACAACAAUAACAACAACAACAACAACAACAACAACAACAACAACAACAACAACAUCUACAACAACAACAACAACGACAACAACAAGAAUUACAAGAUCAACCAAAAGGCUUCUCUGAAAAUGCUACAUCCAGAUUUGCCAGUGAGUUCCUUGUGUUUAGGUUGUGAAGUUGGUUAAACGUCUGAUGUACCUGACGUUGAAAAUUGCUCCAAAACUGGUGAAACAUGGACACGUUUGAUGUUUAAGUUGCCCUGGCACUAAUUAAAAUAUCUGCCCCGACUAGUGUUUCGGUUCCCGAGACACUGGAGAAAUAUCUUGUAUAUCUGGUGUUUAAGUUGCUGUUGGGCUGGAUAAAUAUAUCCAGUGUUUAGUUAACUGAAGCAAUGGUUAAACAUCUCAUAUACUUUAUGUUUAGACUGCUGUGACAAUAGUCAUACAUCUGUCAUAUUUGGUGUUUAAAUUGCUGUAACGUUAGUUAAACAUAUGAGAUACUUGGUUUUUAGGUUGUUGUAACAUUCGCUAAACACCUGUGUACUGUGACAUUAAACACUAAAUACCUUUGGUGUUUAGGUUGUGAUACUGUUUAAGAAUUCGUUGAGACUGGUGAAGCAUCUAACAUUUUGAUGUUAGGUAUAUGAGAUCUCGAUUAAACGUGUGCCUUAUUUGGUGUUUAGGCUGUAUCAUUAUUUAAGCAUAUUUGAAGUGUGGUGUGAAUAUUGUGAUAUUGAUAUAACACCUGAUAUAUCUGGUGUUUAACUAAGUAUUAUAAUGUUUAAUAUGAAUUAGACAGGUGUCAAGCUUGGGUUGUUUAAUGUAAAAUUCACUGAACACAUGCUUUAUCAGGUGUUUAAGUUGUGACAGUAGAGAAGCAUCUAAUGUUCAGUAGUUAGAUGCUUAUGAGAUUGGAAAACAUGACUGGUUUGGUGUUUAGGCUCACAUUGACAUUGCUUAAACAUUAACAUAAUUCGGACAAGUUUGCUGUUUAAGUUACUGAUAUUGGUUAAACUUAUACUAGAUUCUGGCUUCAAUCGCUGUGACACUCAUUAAACAUAUUCCAGGCCUUAUGUUUACGUUGCUGGGAAUUUGGCUAAACACAUUCCUGGCUUGAUGUUUAGGUUGCUGUGAUUUUUCAAAUAUACUAGGACUAGUGUUUAGCCCAGUCUAGGCCGUGUUUUUAGGUUAUUGUGAACUUGGCUAAACACAUUCCAGGUUUGGUGUUUACGUUCUGGUGACUUUGGGCAAACACACACAAAACCUAGUGUUUAGCUUGCUGUGACACGGGCUAAACAUGUUUCAGGCCUGGCGUUUAGGUUGCUGUGAACUUGGCGAAACAUAUUUCACGCUUGAUGUUCUUGUUGGCAUGACAUUGCGUCGAUAUAUUGCAAGCCUAGUGUUUAGGUUAAUGUGUCACUAGCUAAACGUAUUCCAGGCCUAGGGUUUAGAUUGCUGUGACCCUGAAUAAGCUGUGCCAAAUCUGAUGUUUAGAUUGCUGUGAAUUUAGCUAAACCUUAUUCAGGCCUGGAGUUUCGGUCACUGUGGCAUUCAUUAAACAUGUUCUAGGCCAAAUUCAUGUUUAGGUCACUUUGACAUUAGUUAAACACCUGGGAUGUUUGGUGUUUAGGUUGCUGUGAAUUACCCCACCAAAAUCUAUCUCUGUUCAUUUCUCCUUGUUAUUGAUUAUCCCAUCCUCUUUCCCUCUUUCUUCCUUUAUUUCUUUGUUCCUUCCCGUCUUCCGUCUUCUGGUAUACUAAAUCAAUAAAUAAAUCGAUUAAUCGAUCAGUCAGCUAGCCGAAUAUAGAAAAUGAUGUGCUGCUGAGUAAAAUAUAUAAAAGAAAAACAUGAAAGGAAAUUAAAAAAAGUUCCCGAGCAGAGAUUUGAACCCUGGCUCUUCCUCCCCACCUAAGACAUAAUCUCCUUCUACUGUUUUGUUGGAUGAUUUAUGUUUGUUAUAUUGUUUCUUUGUAAGUUUCAGUUUCCUUGACAACGUGAUCAGGUGCUGAAAUACACCAAGAAAGAAAUUUAAAAAAACAACAAAAUAAAAUAAAAAACA